AUGUCAAAAGUAAUUGGUAAUUACCAAGGAAGAAUUUGUAAAGAUCCAGAAAUAUUUGAUUAUCCUAAUCAUGAUGAUUCACAUCAUCCAACAUAUGGUCCAAUUUCAAACUCUCAUAGAACUGCAAUAUCAAUUAAUUGUUCCAAUCUUAAAUUAAUAUAUAGAGGCGAUAAUAUAUUUGGUUAUUCUGUCAGUGAUUUUGAAAAUUUGGACGGACAAGGAAUAAAUGAUUAUUAUACUCGUUG